AUGGAUGUUUAUCACCUCACAUUAACCAUGGGUUUAACAGUUGCGGUAGCUGGCGCGACGGGUCGCGUUGGAAGAACAAUUGUUGAACAGAUCCAGCAUGAAAAUAAAUUCUCAGUCAUUGCUUUGACUCGAAGCGAACAUGUUGAAUCGGCACUCAGCGGCGUGCCAUAUGUGCAAGUAGACUAUGAUGACAUUCCGGCACUCGUGCAAAAGCUGGAAGAGUAUGAAGUACAGACCGUUAUUUGUACCAUCGGAAUGCUGGGAGAUGACUGUUCUGAAUCCCAACUCAACUUAAUCAAGGCUGCAGACCAGGCAGACACCGUACAGAGAUUCGUCACCAGCGAGUUUGGCUACUUGACGCGUGCUGAGUACUACUCUCCAAUGAAACUAGGCUCUCCACUUGAUCCUGCGAAUCUUCUUAAGAAUAGCAGUUUGAAAUAUACCCGACCUGUUUGUGGCGCUUUUAUGGAUUUUAUGGGAGCUCCGCAUGCACGGUCAAAUAUUACACCCAACACUAUCGCCAUUGACGUGUAUAAUCGUGAAGCAUGCAUUCCUAACGAUGGAACGGCUGGGAUAACUCUGAUCUAUAGCUACGAUGCUGCGACUUUGAUUGCAAAAUUACUCGAGCUCGACGAGUGGUCAGAGUUCAGCUUUUGCAAUGGCGAGGAUACUACUCUUGGUCAAGCUCUGAAGGAAGCAGAAGAAGUUUGCGGCGAGAAAUUCAAUGUUACUUGGUUGAAACCCGAGGAUGUUGCCAAUGGCGAUGUUCCGACCAUGAAGAUUGUCGAAGGAAGCGGCAUCCAACCUGAAGAACAACAUGCCUAUGCUGUUUUUGGUUAUCAGCUAUAUCUCGCGGAAGGGUUUAAUUUACCUGUUGAAGGCCGACUGGGAGACAAAUUUCCCGGUUUCAAGCCAAGGACAGUCCGAGAGUUCUUGGAAACGGUUUGGAGGCCGCAUGUUUGA